AUGGAAGAUGGGGAAUAUUGUGAUCAACUUGAUCAUGAAAAUUUAGAUAUCGGAUCUGAGUUUGUGCAUUCCCCAAUUAAUAUCGGGUCAACUCCAGAGGAUGCUCUUCGACAAAUGUCUUAUGGUCAAAGCAUAAAUAAUUCAAGUACUUCAAAUUCCGAAUAUUCACUAUCGUUAGAAGAGUUACGUAAAAGAAUUACAUCUAAUAAAAAAUUACUAUUCAAACAUAAAAUUUGGAUGAUGCUGAAUUAUUCACGAACUCACCAAGCCGAUGGCAAACACUUUGGACUCUACUGGCAUGAUAGCAUGAAUUUUAUGUGUAACACUGGCCUUCUAGCAGAAUUUUGUAAAAAGAAAAAAAAUACAAUCAAUAGAAACUUGCGAAACGAUGGUUUUAACAUUGUUGGAAAUGAUUCUCCAGAAAAAGACUGGAAAAUGAGGCGCCACUACUCUAACUUGUUCAAUAUUAAUACAACAGAAGAUGAGAUGGAUUUGCUUCCAAAGCCACAAAAAUUAGAUGACGAAUCUGCAGUUUCUGAUAUGAUUGCUCCAACAACAUCAUCUCCUGUACAACCACUACCCGAGAAAAUUCAUGAGGAUCCCAUUGCAGAAAAUUUCAAAAGUGAUAUUGAAGAAAUUCAAAGAAAGAUCAAGGCAACAGAUAUAGAAAAAUUGGCAUAUCUUGAUCAAGCAAUCAAAGAUUGGCAUGUUAUAUCUCCUUAUGGUGAUAAUGUUGACCAUCAGCGAAUAUUAGAACUUGCUGCUGAUUAUUAUGAUAACUCCAACCUGCAAAAAUCAUCUUCAAGUGAAAAAGAAGGUAUUGAACUUAAUAUACAGUUUCUCCUUGAAAAUUCUGUUUCCAGUUUUACUCAACAAGAUAGGCAAGUAACAUUUCCUGUUUACUACAAGUUUUUCCUUCGAUUUGGACAGAUUUCUAAUUCUUUCCAAAAUUUACUCCAAGUUUCACAUUUUUCUGAUCAAUUAACUGACAUUGAUGCAACAAACUUUAUAUCACAACAGUCCCAAGGAUCUUCAUGCAGCUCAUUUCGUCGUUGGUUUUUCCCAGGAACUGAAAUGGUUAAAACAUAUCUUGAACAGUCUGCCUAUCAUACUUGGGCUGUCAAGCUUUCUUCAACACUUAAUGCCUUUUCAUUUUGCAAGCUCAUUCCGUCAACGGGAAAAAUAGAGUUUAAACAUAUCAUUUUCUCUCCAAUUGACACCAAUAACGCAUUUACCCUUAUUGAUAGUGGGGAGUCUUUCAAAUCACUUCCGGAACUCUUAGAGAAAUGUUUUAAUGUUUGUACAUCUAACUAA